AUGGAUGAAUGGAAGGAACAGCUCUCGGUUGGUAGUAACCUUAAACUACUCAACAGCUCCUAUUGGACAGGAUGGAUCAAUGCAUUGCAAGAGCGCACGAUUCCAUAUGAUAUCUGGGAGUAUUUGAACCCCGAAAAUUCGGAUAAAAUGGCUAAACAGGCCUUAUUAUCGGACCCAGGCAUGGUUAAAGUCGCUCCCUCAAUAUCUCAAAUCAGAAACGAGAUCGAAAACGCACCGGAAGGCAGUGCAGCGUCGAGAAAAGAUGCAAUAGUUGAAUAUACUCUACUCAGGGAAGAGUAUCAAUUUUGGAAGGAGAGGAGAGCCCAAUACCUCAAUCAGAGGAAAGGCCUCGCGUUUAUCUCCACAUUCAUAUACAAUUCGCUCCCGAAACAGUAUCAAUAUAUUGUUCGACAAGGGAAGGAUCUUCGAAAGGUUAUCCAAGAUUUGGACCAGCGGUUCAAUCCUACCAAGGACCCCUCGUAUAUCACGAGAUUGCGCACCGAUUGGAUCAAACAUCUCGACUCAAUUAAUCGCAACACAUCGAUCGAAGCGUGGUGUAAUAAGACGUUGGAGCUUCAAACCGAACUCGAUUAUGCGAAGGAGGAAACGUAUUCGAAGGAGUUAUAUCGGAAGCUUCUCGAAAAUAUCCUUCCAAUCAACGAGCUCCAAUGGUUCCAUGCAACCAUGUACGAACAGCUAUUGAUUGAAAGGAGAGAUAUCCCUACACAAGAGGUUCUUCGAAAGCUGGAACGUGAAUGGUCGCUCCGAAUCAAAUCGAAAAAAGAGGCCCCGAAAGGCACAUUUUCGACGUUUCAGGGAACUCAAGAGGAGAAACCCGUCACUCAAGAGGAAAACUCCGCUUCGUACGCCAAUCAAAGGUGUCCCUGCCUAGCAAACAACUCCAAGUGGGGCCAUAAACCCUGGAAAUGCUAUAUUCUGAACCCAGAUAUAGCACCGGAGGGAUGGAAGCCACCUAAACAGGCAUCGAAACGGGCCCGAGAUGCGAUGAAUUCGAAACCGUCGAGUUAUCGUGAUUGGUUGAGUAAACAGAUCAAACAAUACAACUCGAAACACAACUCAAAUUUGAACCAAUCACAGCCCUCACAGAAGGCAAACAGCUCAAACUCAACGGUUCGCACUGAUUCCUUCUCCUUACAGGGUGCAUUCGCAACCAAAUCGAGAGGAAAAACCACUAAUUCGAGUGGUCAAACGUUCAAUUUGAACGUAGCGAGCGUAGAUAAUGGCGUCAAUACGUCAAACUGGUGGAUUUUAGACUGUGGCAGCGACUGUCACGUCACCAACGACGCAUCCCGAUUCAUUGAUUUCACACCAAUUCGUGGGAAAUUAGGCACCGGAGACCACUAUACGGAAUAUGAAGGGAUUGGAACAGCAAAAAUCUAUCCCAUCGAUCCAGAUAAUGGUUUACCGCACGAUAUAACUUUGAAGGAAGUUAUAUAUGCACCAAAUUUCCAUUUGAAUUUGAUUUCCGAGAGUCGACUGCGUAAAGGCGGAGUGUGCCACGAUGGCAUGAACAACGCUGUUUCCAACCAGUUAACAGGGAAAAUCCUAUGGAAUCUCACGCUCAAGGCAGGAUUAUGGACCUUCGAACCUAGUCCGACAUCUUAUCAUAAGAAAUUGAACCAGAAACUCACAUUUAAUACGCAACGAGGGCCGAUUGACUCUAGAAACGAGCAUAAAUCGACCAUAAUGUACAAUAUAUGGCAUGAGCGACUAGGCCAUGUUGGAAAACGUCGUAUCGAGAUGGCCUCGUAG